AUGACGAAGAAGCCGCCGCCCCACCUUCCGCGUGUUCCGGAUGACUGCCCGGGGCCACCUCCGCCGGCCCGGCCCUGGCCCUGGCCCUUGCCCGCGCGCCCCGCAGGCCGCGCGGUGGCGGCGGCGGCGGCGGCCCUGCGCGCGGGCGGCCUCGUGGCCGUGCCCACCGACACGGUCUACGGCGUGGCCUGCCUGGCGCAGGACUCGCGGGCGCUCGCGGCGCUCUACCGGCUGAAGGGGCGUCCCGAAAGCAAGCCGCUGGCUGUCUGCCUGCCGGACCUCGACCACAUCUACAGAUACUGCAAAGUCAGUGUGUCUGAUACUCUCCUGCAAGAACUUCUCCCUGGCCCUGUGACAGUGGUCCUGGAACGAUCAGAGGCUCUCAACAAAGACCUUAACCCCUUCACCCCACUAGUUGGUGUUCGCAUCCCCAGUCACUGGUUCACCAGACAGCUGGCCAGAGUCUGUGCUGCCCCUCUGGCCUUAACAAGUGCAAAUGUCAGUAAUGAAGCAAGUACACUCACAGUCAUGGAAUUCCAGGAUCUCUGGCCUCACCUGUCAUUGGUCAUUGAUGGGGGCCCAGUUGGAGAUUCCCAUCGUCCAGACUGCCGUCUGGGCUCUACAGUAGUUGAUCUCUCUAAACCUGGCAAGUUCAAGGUUAUUCGGCCAGGAUGUGCACUUACUCAAACUAUUGAAAUCUUGGUAACCAAACAUGGCCUGUCAUCUGAGCUGCCUAGUCUAUGAAACUGGCACAGCUUUGGGCAGCUAAGUACCGUUGGAUUCUCCAGAAAGUUCUUCCAAGCAUAUUUGUACACGAAUGAAAAAGGUUUAAUGCUUUAAUCCUUGGCUCCAAAGGAAGCCUCUGGUCCCUUACAGCCUGAAAACCUGUCCUGCUUGUGACUCAAAGGCAUUUCCACACUUUAGGAUUUCAAGGAGGACUCAAGAGUUCUCUUUGUCUAAAGCAUUCGCUCCAUCUGAAUAGCUCAUACAUUCCAGCAGCAAGUCACUUUGUUGUUGGAGCAGCUGGACUGCAUGGACUAAGCACUGACAGAUCCUGCUGAUGGGGUUGGAUUUGGAGGGGACAGCAAAUGUAGCUGAGAAAGUGGGCAGCUAACCUGCCUGUUUGUGCACACCAGGCUCUCUCAUGUCCUGAGAUUCUGCUGAACAAAGAGAGCGAAGUCCAGUUUGGCCCCGACAGAUCACACAGGCUGCUUCUGGACCAGGAGCAUUAAGUAAAAGCCUGUGUGGUCACUGUGUGCUUCUGCCUGCCUGCCUAUAUAGAGAUGGGGAAGGGUGCAGUUUUUUCUCCCCUGGGAAAUGGGUGGGAUUGGUCCUGAGCAUAAGGGGACUGUGAUGAAAAGAUAACGAUGGAGGAUGGCACACAAUUUAAUAAUAAAGCCAGUGGUGUACCUGGCAGAAAAGACACUGCCGUUUCCUCCUCCCCAUGAAUCAGUGAGUAACUCAAGCGAUCACUGUUGAGCUCCAGUAGAAAUUUCAUCUGACUGUGAGAAUCGGGCCCUGCAAUGUUCUUGCUCACCUUUCGAGCCCUUAUGCCCAAGUGAGAGCUGUGAAUUAUUCCUGCAGACAAGGACAAAGUGCUGCACAAAAUCUGUAGGACAUGAUGAAAGAGGUUCAGAGCUGAAGCCUACGGGCCCAAGCUGCAGCUCACAUAAGGCAAGCCUUCUCCACCUGCAUUCCUGAGUUGUUAGCCUUUUCUGUUAGGUUGCUGCCUGGAUUGAAGGAACAUAUGCUUUUAAUUUUAUUGCAAGAUUGGGUGCACUUUUGAUCAUGGGGUUCCCAAACUAUACAUUAAACACUCUGUGGAUUGUUUACCAUA